GAAACCACAUGGCUGAGGAGGAUUCCCGGUGACCCACGGUCAGUCAGUUCUGGAUGCGGGCUGGCAGGCCUCUGGUGGAGGUGGUCCGCCUGGGCCUGCUGUCCUAUCAGGAGGGUCUUCGGCUGCAGCAGGUCUAUUUAAACCGGCUCCAGUCCAGUCCGGCUCACGCCCUGCUGCUGUGCGAGCACCCACCUGUUUACACUACCGGGAUCCGGCACAAACCGUACCCCGGUGCCCUGCUGGACCAGCUCCGGCUGCUGGGUGCCGACGUCCACCGCACCAACCGAGGAGGACUCAUCACCUUCCAUGGCCCAGGACAGCUGGUCUGCUACCCGGUUCUGAACCUGUGCAGCUUCAAAAAGAGUGUUCGUUGGUAUGUCGGUCAACUGGAGAAGACCAUCAUCACCCUCUGCAGCAGGUUCGGUAUCGAAGCAACCACGUCUCCUCACACUGGAGUUUGGGUCGGAGACAACAAGAUCUGCGCCAUCGGUAUCCACUGCGGGCGCUACGUCACAUCUCACGGUUUGGCUCUGAACUGUAACACGGACUUGUCCUGGUUCCGUCACAUCGUACCGUGUGGCAUCGAAGGGAAAGGCGUGACGUCGCUGAGCUGCGAGCUGCAGAGAGACGUCAGCGUGGAGGAAGCCAUUCCUCACCUGCUGGAUGCCUUCGCGGAGCAUUUCACCUGUCGUCUGACUGACGGAGACACACCUGAGACCGAUGAGGAUGGCAGCGUGUCGUCGACAUAAAGUGUUAUUC